GAAAGGAGGAAGAGAUGAGGAAGCCGGGAAGGUAAUGCCGAUAGCGGCGGGGCCUGCUCUGGUCUCUCGCGCAUGCGUGGCAGCGGCGGGGCCGCGCAGCCCGGAGCGGGUGCGCGCGUGGUGCCUGCCGCGCGCCAUGGCGGCCAAUGAGGACCAGGAGAUGGAACUGGAGGCGCUGCGCUCGAUCUACGAAGGAGACGGGUGCUUCAGGGAGCUCAGCCCGGUGUCCUUCCAGUACAGGAUAGGUGAAAAUGGAGAUCCCAAAGCCUUUCUAAUAGAAGUUUCUUGGCCAGAAACAUAUCCACAAACAGCACCAGUCAUAUCGAUGGAUGCUUUCUUCAACAACACAAUAUCUUCAGCUAUUAAACGAAGUAUAUUGGAUAAAUUAAUGGUAGAAGUUGAAGCUAAUCUUGGAACUGCUAUGACAUACACACUUUUUGAAUAUGCCAAAGAUAAUAAAGAGUUGUUCAUGGAAAAUCAGCCUGUUAACACUGUGACUUCAGUAAGCAAUAGUAUUGCUAUUGGAACUCCUGAUGUACCAGCAAAUAAGAAAAAAGACAAAAAGGAACAAUUAUCCAAAACCCAGAAAAGAAAGCUAGCCGACAAAACAGAUCACAAAGGAGAGCUUCCUCGAGGAUGGAACUGGGUGGACGUAAUUAAGCAUGCUGGAGGCUUAUGGCUGCAACCUGAGCAAGAUUGUCUGGGAGCGAUGCCUCAGCAAGAAGUCAGCAUGGUCUGUGAUCAUGGAACGGGGAAGGGCUUUAGUCUCCGCCAGCAUCAGAAUGGAUUGAGCUUUUGCUAUUCUAAACCUCUCCAAGGGGAAUCGACUUGCCUUUGCUAUCCUUGAGUCUAAGUCAAGUUGCCAUGACAAUUUACGUGAGUAGUUUAGGGAGCACAGGGGAAGGAAAAAUAAGAACCACGUCUAUAGCUUUUAUAAAGCUACUCUGUGUAACAGCAAACUUGCUAGCCUUGUGAAAAGCCUAAAUAUUCAGCUUCUUGGUUGCUUAUAUAUCAUGUGCUUGUAGGAAGAUGUCCUAGCAAUCUCUUCUGGUUCUUUUAGCUGGAAUUUAGAACAUGUGUUUUGAAGUCUACUUGGACAGGAAAUAUUUUGCAUUGGGAUUAUGUGUAUCAGUUCUUCAUUUCUGUGCCAUUUUUGAAAGGUAAUUCAUUUAGUUUAACUGUUUUAUAUUGUAGCGUAAUGCUUGGGAAGAAAGUCAUUUACAAGUCUAAGUUCUUAACGUAAUGGAGAGGCCUGGGCACUGGAAAUGGAGGGGUGGGAAAGUAAUGAUUUUUAUCGUGAAAUGCAGAUCUACGUGUCUUUCUAUACAUAAGUCUAUAUGUAGAGAACAUGACCGAGUAAGCUGUUGAAAAAUACCUCCUCCACCUUUUUGUGGUGCAGAAAAUUGAGAUGGCAGUGGUUAAAUGAAGUUUAAUCUUUUUUAACUGAAAUUUAACUCAAAAUAUCAUUUUCUCUCUUUGGUCUUUCAGUGCAUGUUUGAAUUGGCUAAUAUUCCUGGCACCUUGGAAAGCUGUUGUUCUGUGAUCGAUCCAUUGCCUGUGAAGCAGGGAUUACACUUUAAGAACGUACUGACUAUUGUUCUGUAUACUGAUAUUUUUCUUUAAAUCAUGUAGGUGUUGAGAAGCAAAUUUACUGAAUUCUCCAACUGUGAAAAGCAGAACAUUUAUGUAAAUUUCUUCUUCCAAAAGUUUUCUGCCACUCAGCAGGAGAGGGAUGAACCCCACCAUUUAUGGCUGGUUUGCUUGUUGUUAAGAGGGAGGAAUAUCUCUACUCCCUCUCCUCCUUUUUUGUUUGUUUUCUCAGUCCUUGCAGCGCCCUGUUGCACAUCACUAGGCAGCGUCCUUUGCAGCCUCAAGUUACAGGAGCUGUUAGCAGAAGGUGUAUGCGUUUUUUGUGAUUAAACAAUUUGGUGCCUCAAA